AUUCAUUCUACUCGGCGCCUCGUGGAGCUGGUCAGCCGUUCAGCUGCGAUCUGCCGGCCCGCACGUCUGUUUUCCUGUCUCCGCUCGCUCGUUGCACGACCGAUGGACCGACAUUCAGCCAGUCUCUGCUGCAUCGAGUUGCCUCCAACGCGGAGGAGCAACCCUCGAGAUAGGAUGCUGGACGGUCGACGGGUCAUGGAAAACUUGCUGGGAUCAGAAGACCGAGUCAUACCGAACCCCAAGUAUAUAGAAAUGGUGCAGCAGAGUCGAAUGACGGAAGGAAUGAGACGUCAGGUGGUAGAAUGGAUGUUGGAGGUGUGUGAAGAGACUCGGGCUGAAGACAUACUACUCCCUCUAGCUGUCAAUCUUUUGGACAGAAUUCUCAGUCAACAAUUUAUUGACAGGGAUCACUUGCAAUUGACUUCAGCAGCUUGUCUCUUCGUCGCCAGCAAAGUCGUUCAGGCAGAGCCUUUGGAGGCAAAGCAGCUAUGUAUCAUGUCAGACAAUGCGUUCAUGCCCAGUUUUUUGACUAAAAUGGAGCUAAUAAUCCUCGAUCGACUCAAAUGGGAUCUGACUACUGCGACUCCACUAAACUUCCUCGAUCUUAUGUAUGGGCUUCUUCCAGUCACAGAAGACCAAAUAAGAAUUGUAAAGAAACACGCAACUGCGUUAGUUACACUCACUUGUUUUGAGUACCGGUUUAUUAUUUACCCGCCUUCAGUGAUUGCAGCUGCUGCAGCUUGCGCUGCUAUUCAAGGAAUGAAUAUGCAACUGUCUAAUGGUCAAAACCCUGUUGUUGUAUUACAAGAAGUCACGCGGACAGAUCUGGAAAUUUUACAAGCGUGCCAGGCUCAAAUCGAAGAAUCCCUUGCGCGUCAUUUAUCACUAAUGGCGGAUGGAUCUGGAGAAGCAGACAGAUUGAGAGGAAAUAAUGAUAAUCUGCCUGAAACAGAUACUCCAACAGAAGCUUUGGAAUCAGUUUUUUAGUUAUAAUGACCAUUUCAAUGCAUGCGCGCGGAACUUAUCUGGUUGCAGUGAUUAAAGCAGAACAGAGCAGAGCAGAGAAGAGGAUAAUGGGAUAGCAUUUCAGAAGAGUUCGUGAUAUACGCAGGUGUAACGUGAUCACGUGACAUAGAUAAAUAAUAUGAAAUGCUUUCCGUCAA